AUGGAGCUCAGGUCAAUGUCGAGACGACCACCACCUUACACACACGUCGGUAACCAGAGGUUCAUAAACUCGCAGGAUGAUUCCACUACAAAAAAAGAAAAUGGUCUGAAUAAAGUCAGAUUGAAAGCGGAGGAUGAUUUAUCGCCAGUCGUAAUAAGGGAUGAAUAUGUGAAAUUUCCAAGAUAUAGGUACAUUAUCUACGGUAUCAGUGGAUUAUUGAUGUGCCUUAUCUGUGUUAUUAUGGCCAGCCUGAUGUUUCCCUAUCCCAUGCAUGCUUCCUGUAUUGUCAAAUGGAAAUUUGAAGAUCCUUGCGUGUAUACCAUGCAAAAAUUCAGAUGUCAGAUACUCAACUGGUCAUCCUGCAUGAAUUGUGGACCACGUGGUAGCAGAUGCCUUUAUACACUCAAAGAACCGAAAUCAUAUGAAAGUAAUGUGAUCAGAGCAGUUCAUUUGGCGCCAAAUUUAAGAACAGUUGAGACGAUAAAGAUCUAUUUUGAGGAGGUUAACAAAACCUGUGUAGCAACGGGAGAAUCUGUGUCAAAUGAAUGGUUCAGGAUAUUCGAUUACGGUACGAAUUACUGUAAUUUGCACAAUUUAGUGACUGGAACUGAUUUCGAUAAGAAGUUCUUGGAGCUGACGACCAGUGCAGUCUGUACGCAAUAUAAUAUGGUGUUUUGUGAGUGA